AUUAAAUCACUCUGUUACAGGCGCAGAGUCCCUGUUUAAUGCUGCCUUGUUGUCAGCGACUUUCAUGAAAUGGGUCUUUCACAAAGUCUACGCAAGACUGAAAGUUUGGAAUACCUGGUGGGCGCCCGCAAUCCCUACCUUUUUGAUACUCCUACGCGUAGCCCGACUGCGUCCAAGCCUUCUGACUCCCGCGACAUACGUAAAUGUCCAAGAUGUGAUUUGUCCUAUAACCACACUUUAUUAAUCUUUCCGGCCACUUUGAUGAAUUGUGAACUGCGUGUGGUUUGCAACGGAACCUUGGAAUUACUCACACAUGAACUCAUUUUCCGUGACCAGCUGCGUAACAGUUUAUCCUGGCCGCUCGAAACCAUCCGAUGGUUCGGUGAAAACGCAAACUUCUUCGUUUUCGAGUCUGGUCGGACGUCUCCUUCUGGCGAGCAGGCUGAAGCUGCGGCGACUUCUAGUGCAGAGACUUGUCCUGUGGAAACGGAUAGCUCCUUGUCUUCAUCCCGGUUACGAACUCUGACAGCAUCAUCGAGCACAAUCUCCUAUCCCGUCUUGCUCAGCCGGUCCGACCAGGAUCAACCAGAAUCGGUCACUGGUUCAGCAUCUGAGGACACUCAACCGGAAAAUUAUCGAAGCCUUGCCACCGCCAUAACGUCGCUUUACCUAUCUUCCAGUCAUUUAUCGGGCCAAUACCUCAUAGCAGCGGCUAUGCAUCAGUAUGUGAAUCAACCAAACGGCCUACUCGUAUCCCCGCCUUCUCGACGGGUGACGCAUUACGUGGAUGAACCCGUCUAGUGUGUAUGCAUAUAUAGUGGAUCUGGAGAUCACCGUAACCUAUUUUGAUCGUACUUCAAGCGCCAGAAAUCCUUCUGUUCAUAUUUUACCAUGUUUGUACCAUUUUCACCUGGUUUUUCUACCGAGCAGAAUACCAUUAAUUUAAUAACUGGUUGAACUGAUUACUGACACCGCAUAUUGGAACAAUUGAUUGCUUUUCGUACAAUAGAUCACCGUUA